GUUCCCUCAGAGACAUGGAGGCUGGAGAGGAAGCCCAAGCCAUGGACAUCAGCACCAUGGAGCAGGAAGCCACAGCCCCAGAGCCCCCGGCCAUAGAGGAGCCCCCAAGUCCACCCGGAGAAGAUGUGAGUCCACCGACAGUGCCAGCACCCCUUGCGUCCCCAGAAGAUCCUGAGGAUGUGGAGGGGCAGGAGUUGGAGAUGAGGCCCCAGGAUGAAGAGGGAGAGGAAAAAAAAGAAGAGGCAGCCAUGGCUAGUCCCUGGAGUGGGCCAGAGGAGCUGGAGCUGGCACUGCAGAAUGGGCAGAGAUGUGUGCGGGCCCGGCUGAGCCUCACAGAGGGCCUGUCCUGGGGCCCAUUCCACGGGAGCAUCCAGACCAGAGCCUUAUCCCCUGAGCAGGAAGAACCGGGCCCGGCUGUGUCCCUGCAGGUGGAUGAGGCCUGCUGGCUAAGGAUGCUACCCCAGGCCCUGACGGAAGCUGAAGCCAACUCAGAGAUCUACAGGAAGGAUGACGCCCUCUGGUGCAGGGUUACCAAGGCGGUGCCUUCUGGUGGACUACUACGAGUGCUCCUUGUGACCGAGCCCCACAGUCCUCCCAGACUCCCUGUGCAGGAACCAGUAGAACCUGGAGGCUCAGCCCCGGUGCACACAGACAUCCAGCUGCUGCCCCAGCAGGCUGGCAUGGCAUCCAUCCUCGCUACCGCAGUCAUCAACAAAGACGUCUUCCCCUGCAAAGACUGCGGGAUCUGGUACCGCAGUGAGCGGAACCUGCAAGCCCACCUGCUCUACUACUGUGCCAGCCGCCAACGUGCAGGCUCCCCGGUGUCGGCCACUGAGGAAAAGCCCAAGGAGUCCUACCCCAAUGAGCGUGUCUGCCCCUUCCCCCAGUGCCGAAAGAGCUGCCCCAGUGCCAGCUCGCUGGAGAUCCACAUGCGCAGCCACAGUGGAGAGCGCCCCUUCGUGUGCCUCAUCUGCCUGUCAGCCUUCACCACCAAGGCCAACUGUGAACGCCACCUCAAGGUGCACACAGACACGCUCAGCGGUGUCUGUCACAACUGUGGCUUCAUAUCCACCACAAGGGACAUCCUCUACAGCCACCUGGUGACAAACCACAUGGUAUGCCAGCCAGGCUCUAAAGGCGAGAUCUACGCUCCAGGGGCUGGACACCCAGCGGCCAAACUUCCUCCAGACGGCCUGGCAAGCUUCCAACAGCACUCUCUGAUGCACAGCCCCCUGGCUCCCGCUGACAAGGUACCCACCCCAUCCUCAGGCCUGGACAGUAAGGCCUUGGCCGAAGUCACCAACGGAGAGACCAGAGUGUCCCCCCAAAAUGGAGGUAGCAGCGACUCUCCCGCAGCCCCCAGGACCAUCAAAGUGGAAGCCGCAGAGGAGCCCGAAGCCACCCGUGCCUCAGGUCCGGGAGAGCCAGGUCCCCAGGCACCGUCUCGGACACCUUCGCCACACAGCCCCACUCCAGUCAGGGUGAAGGCAGAACUGUCCAGCCCCACGCCUGGCUCCAGCCCGGGGCCGGGAGAGCUAGCCGUGGCCGGGACGCUCUUCCUGCCACAGUAUGUGUUCGGUCCGGACGCAGGCACGACCACCAUCCCUGCAGCGCCGCAGGCCUCAGAUAUCUUGGCCAAGAUGUCCGAGAUGGUGCAAGGCCGGCUGCAGCAGGGCGUGGGGAGUCCUGCCGCGGCCGGAACGCCCACCGGCCUCUUCGCUGGCACUAAGGGCGCCACGUGCUUUGAGUGCGAGAUCACCUUCAACAACAUCAACAACUAUUAUGUGCACAAGCGCCUCUACUGCUCCGGCCGCCGCGCGCCUGAGGACCCGCCCGCUGCGCGCAGACCCAAGGCAGCCACGGGGCCAGCCCGCGCGCCCCCCGGUGCCGCUGCAGAGCCAGACCCGCCACGCUCACCGACGGGGCCCGGGCCACGAGAAGAAGAGGCGGGUGGCGCCACCACUCCAGAGGCCGAGGCCGCGGGCCGGGGCAGCGAGGGCAGCCAGAGCCCGAGCAGCUCGGUGGACGACGCCGAGGACGACCCCAGCCGUACGUUGUGCGAGGCCUGCAACAUCCGGUUCAGCCGCCACGAAACCUACAUUGUGCACAAGCGCUACUACUGCGCCUCCCGCCACGACCCGCCACCGCGCCGGCCACCCGCACCCACGCCGGCCGCGGGAGCCGCGGCUCCCGCGCUGACAGCUCCGCCCGUGCGCACGCGCCGGCGUCGCAAGCUGUACGAGCUGCCCGCAGCCGGCGCCCCGCCCCCCGCAGCAGGCCCCGCCCCCGUGCCCGCUGUCCCGGCCCCUGCGGCGGAGUUGCCCUCUCCUCCCAGACCGGCGAGCGCGAGCGCCGGCCCCGCCCCCACGUCCUCUCCGAGCCCGGCGCCCGACGGGCCCAUAGACUUGAGCAAGCGGCCGCGCCGCCAGCCCCCGGACACGCCUGCAGUUCUGCCCGCGCUGGCCGACUACCACGAGUGCACCGCCUGUCGCGUAAGCUUCCACAGCCUCGAAGCUUAUCUGGCUCACAAGAAGUACUCGUGUCCCUCCGCGCCUCUGCGCACCGCCGCCCUCUGCCCCUACUGCCCGCCCAACGGGCGCGUUCGAGGCGACCUGGUCGAGCAUUUGCGCCAGGCACACGGCCUGCAGGUGACCAAGCCGGCGGCCAGCCCGGGCGCUGAGCCCCGCGCACCUGCCGAGCGUGCCCCGCGUGACAGCCCCGACGGCCGCGCGCCGCGCUCCCCGUCCCCUGCUCCUGAGAACACGCCUUCUGACCCGGUAGAUCAAGGCGCGCGGGCGCCCUGCAAGGGCCAGUCUGCGCCUGCACUUGCGCCGGCUGGUGGCGGCGGCGGCCACCGCUACUGUCGCCUGUGCAACAUCAGGUUCAGCAGCCUGUCCACCUUCAUCGCACAUAAGAAGUAUUACUGCUCCUCUCACGCCGCUGAGCACGUGAAGUGAGCCUGCGGGGCCGCGCCACCCGGACCCUUGGCACUUAAUAAAGACGUUCGGUGUGUUAA